UGGGACGGGGCAAGAGUGUUACACGGGCCAUCCGGGGAAAUGACAGUCACGGCUUCUGAAGAGAAACUGCAUCUUGCGCUGCCCAGUUUCUCCUAUUGCUCAGCGGGGCUGUGUGUGGGUUCAACAACGAUCGGCCGAGGCUUUGCGACUACGGGAGCCAAAUACGGCAACGCGAAGUUACGGGUGCCUCGGACCCGCGACUCAACGCUAAACGCUCUCCUAACCUAGUGCGUUGCGUUCCGCCCCCAGUCGCGUUGCAGCGAGGUGGUUGGCGGGCUCCAGGGUCGCGUGGAUCUCAGCGUAGGCGGUGAUUGGAGGAGCAGAGGUGACGGACCGCCCUCUCAGCCGCUCGGCGGAGGGGCUUGUUAGUUCCGGGCCGAGACGUCUAUGACCUCCGGAAUCCGAGUUCUUUUUCCUGAGUUAAUAUGGCUGCGGCCGGCGAGCGGUUGGGACCUCGAUGAGGAAAGGACGCGAGGCUUUUCCGAGGCUGUGCUCGCGAUCCCUCACCGAUGGCGCUCCGGUCGCGGUUCUGGGAGUGGCUGUCGGUCUGCAGGAACCGCGGGUGUGGGGUCGCAGCGCUCUCAACCAGUUCCAAGCCAGCGGCGAAGCCUGGAGUGGAUCCUCUGGAAAAUGAAGCCGUCGCGCCAGAGUUCACCAACCGGAACCCGCGCAAUCUGGAGCUCUUAGCUGUGGCCAGGAAAGAGCGGGGUUGGGGGACAGCGUGGCCCUCUCGUGAGUUCUGGCACAGGUUGCGAGUUAUAAGGACUCAGCAUCACGUGGAAGCGCUUGUUGAGCAUCGCAGUGGCCAGGUUGUGGUUUCAGCGUCCACUCGGGAGUGGGCCAUUAAAAAGCAUCUUUACAGCACCACAAACGUGGUGGCCUGUGAGAGCGUGGGACGGGUGCUGGCAGAGCGAUGCUUGGAGGCAGGAAUCAACUUCAUGGUCUACCAGCCCACUCCGUGGGAGGCAGCCUCAGACUCGAUGAAGCGACUACAGAGUGCCGUGACAGAAGGCGGUGUGGUGCUGCAGGAGCCCCGGAGAAUCUAUGAAUGAACUAGAAGCAUCGUUCCGAACGUAUGGAUAUAAAGCUGUGAGCUGUUACAUCCUUCAGAAGAGAGCAUCUGGAAGAACAGCCAGCUUGGAAGUUUUAUACAAUCACGUAACAGUGGAAUGUUAUUGCCAGUUAAGAAGGUCAUCCCUUUCACCCCGUGUGUGUGUGUGUGUGUGUGUGUGUGUGUGUGUGUGUGUAUUUUGUUGUUGCUCAUCAAGGGCUAAAUUCUUACCUUCUCUUGGACAGAAGUACCUGAGAAAAGCUGUUGCCAAUGAUAAUUAACUUUCGAAGGACAAAUUGUUUAUAAGCUAAAGAAUAAAUGUAUAUUAUGAACA